AUGGAACCUCCGACUCAAGACAGUGAGGCUGAUAUAAGCUCGUUUGAGAACUCUGAAUCAACUUCCAUCAAAAGAGAAUAUGGACCCAAGAAUGUGAUUCUUCAUUAUAAAAGUGACCGUGAAGAUUUGUGGGAGGGCAAAGAAAACUUAACCCUCACCUGCAGGGCAGACUGUAAUCCGCCAUGUGAUAAAUAUAUAAUUUACCACAAUGGACAAAUCCUCUACUACACAAACGAUCGGGUACACUUUACAAAAGAUCGUAAAAACUCGGGAAAAUACAGAUGUGCGGCAUAUGAUGUUAAGUCUGAAGAAUUCGUUAACUCUACUGAUGUAGAUAUUGAUAUCAAAUAUGGACCAACCAAUGUGAGCAUUCACUACACAAGUAACCGUGAAGAUUUGUGGGAAGGAAAAGAAAACGUUACCCUCACCUGCAGGGCAGAUUGUAAUCCACGAUGUGAUAAAUAUCGAAUUUACUACAAUGGACAAGUCCUCUCCAACACAAGAAUGACAUACAUUGAAAAAGAUCGAAAAAACUCGGGGAAUUACAGUUGUGCUGCAUACGAUGUUAAGUCGGGAGGAUACGUCAGCUCUGCUGAAGUAGAUAUUGAUAUCAAAUAUAGGGAAGUUUACCUAUUAUCCAAAGUAAAGGAAAUGUCAUUAAGAGUAAACAAAUUCCUACCAUCAAAUGUAGUUUGCACUAUUAAGUGCAACUUCAAGUGUGACUCUGACAUUGAAGUUACGAAGAAUUCGACACAAUACACGACGAUUAAAUCAAAUGAGAGUAUAUUUAGCGACAGAAAAGCUAUUUCAUCAGAUAGUGGAGUUUAUAGGUGUACAUCAGGAAAUUCCCAGUCUGCAUAUGACUUUAAGUUGAACAUUUUAUACGGCCCUAGCAAUGUCAGCGUUACAAAAUCUGGGAAAAAAGUGAAGUCAGAGAUUGUUCUAACGGAGCGUUCUUCAGAACUCUAUUGGUUAACAUGUUGGUCUGAAUGCAAUCCACGCUGUAAUGUAACAUGGUAUAAGAAUGGCAAACUUUUAAACGAUGAGAAACAUCAAAUCAUGGUUAUUAGCAUUAACAGAAAUCAAUCUGGGACUUACAGAUGUGAGGCUGAUGGAAUUGAAGGAAAACGAUCCUCUGAUGAAGUAAAAAUUAUAGUCUAUUACCCACCCCAAACUGUUGAAGUAAAACCAAGUAACGACACUUUCUAUUCGAGACGCAAUGGAACACCUAUUACUGAUAUUACAUGUAAAGCGGACUGUUUACCACAGUGUAGCUAUGUAUGGUAUGAACUAAAAAGAACAUGGAACUACUUCAAUUACCGUGCAUUUUUUUUUACCAGAGGCACUACGUUAUUUGCAUAUAGGAAUUUCACGAAGAAUGAUUCUCGAUUUCAAUGUGCUGCAAGUAAUUCAAUCGGAACGAAGCACAGUACAUGGAUAGUUGUCGAAGUAAAGAAUGGGCCUGCGGACGUUAGAAUCUAUGCAAUAGGACUAACAAGAGAAAAUCAUCCGUUCAAACUGCGGUGCUCAGCAGAUUGUUACCAUGGAUGUUUAUCCUAUACAUGGUUUUACAAGAAUGAAGAGAUUCAUAAUGGACAAUAUCUAAAUUUCAAUAAUCCCUCAAGAGAAAAUAAUGGAGAAUAUACUUGCAAAGUUAAUGACUACUUUGGAACAGCUUCUAACAAGCAUGGUUUGAACCUCCAAUAUAAACCAAGACUCUCAAGGUUUGGAAUAAUUCAUAAAUAUAUCAUUGCUCCUGGCUCCGUAUACCUCAAUUUUAGCAUAGACAGUUUUCCACCAUCAAAUGUGGAAGUUGUUCACAGAGGAAAGAUACUAAAAUACGAUACUAACGUGACAGGUUCCAAAUCGUACCAAAUAGAAGUCACAUCUUGUCUAGAUGAAGGAGACUACAUAGUAAAUGCUAAAAAUGACGCUGGAUCUGCUGAUUACCUGAACAGAGUUACAGUUAAAUGCUCUCCUAUGAUACUUACGUAUUCAAAUGUCUCAAACAAAGGAUUCAAAAUAGGUGAUCCAAUGAACUUGAUGACAACAUUUAUAGCAAAUCCAGCUGCAGAUGUAUCAUGGAGCUUUACUUCCUACAAAUCAAGAAAUGUGUCGCAAAAAGUUGAGAAAAACCUGAUACACAAUGAAGAGAAGGUGACAAGUAUUAUUGUCGAUAAACUACAUGUAGACAAUUUCGGAAUCUAUCAACUCACAUUGGUAAAUGAUAUUGGAAAUAAAACAAUAUCAUUUAGCAUCAGAGGCCCACCACACUCUCCAACUGAACUCUCCUUGGACUGUCUAAGUACUGCAUUUUUGGAAUGGAAACCUGGAUUUGACGGGGGAAUGGAUCAAAGUUUUCUUGUCGAAUACACAACCAAUAUCUCCUCACCAUGGCUCCCUCAACCACUGCUCUCUAUAACGUCAAAGGAUAACGACCGAUUGUCUACUUAUGUAACUUUAAUGAACCCAAAUGCCCGUUAUUUUUUCCGCGUUGUUUCAGAAAACGUUUUUGGAAAAGUUAUUUCGAAUACGAUUGUCAAUUGCACUGUUCAAGCUGUCGGAAAUGAAAACAGUUUCAUAAGCCAUCAAGCUAUUGCUGGCAUCAGUGGAGGGACGAUUCUGCUUUUGAUGGCUAUUAUAGUCCUUGUCCUUUUCGGUGUAAACAGAUAUAAAAUUCACAACAGGAAAGGUCACAAGGCAAGGACACAAAACGCUGCUCAAGAAGAAGAUUGCGGGAUGGGCAUGAUUGAGAAUACUUUAUAUAUCAGUGGCGACAACUUAAAAGCUACUACUAUAUCGUCCUCAGACCAUCCACAGAAUAAUACGGUUAACACAGAAAGCGGAAAUGACGUUUACUCAGUUGUAAAAAAAACUGAGAAAAUUGAACCUGAUAUCCCCGUGUAUGCCGAAGUCUGUAAAUCCCGACCAGUAAAGAAUAAACCAGCAAUAAAGAAAAAACCAAGCAAGAAGACUAAAAAUAUAAAGGGCAAAACCGUAAACAAAGAUGGACUGGUCUACGCAGAUAUCGAUUUGAAGGGCACGACUUCAAACGGAAAAUCCGUCAUUCAUGGAUCGGACAACAAGACAUUGUAUGUUGACAUUGAUUUUAACCAGCAUGCCGACCCACUUCCGGAGUGUGACGUGGAGGACACUAAAUGCACAAAUCAAAACGAAAAGAAAUCACAACUCGAAUAAAGCUGCACCAGAUAGUGCCACAUUACAAACUGAAAGUUUAUAAACUUGUAAAUUCAUCUUUUGGUUAAUGUUUGAUGUAAAGUGCUACAGUUGGCAACUAAAGUCGACAUAAACACAGAUGUAAAUAGUGUCAGCUUGAUAGUGUUAAGUAUUUUAGUUUACCUAAACGGAUUUUGGGAGUUUAUGUAAUAACGUCGGUCUCGGCGUCCAAUGUUAAAAAUUUAGAACAGAUUUCUUUGCAAGCUCCUCUAUGUCUUCUAUUUAUCAGUGAUGUUUUUUGUAUGUUUCAUUGUAUUAGGUUUCACACGCUGCCU